UGUUUAGUGAAAACCUUUCACUUGGAUUUUGAUCAGUGCCUAGAUAAAAUACCGAAAACCAAUACUUAUCCUCAUGCGACAAAAUUUUUUUAGAUUCUUAAAAAUCUUUCAGUCUUCAUUGGAAUUUUAUUGAAUUCGGGAUCAGAUUUAUCUGGGUAACUUAAAAAGGAAGAUACACCUUUAGGGUACCUUUGAAACAGAUUUUCACAAUGUCAAAGAUUUUUGGAUUAGCAACAUUUUUUAUCUAUUUUCUCGGUACAAUCGUCGGUUUCCUUGGCUUCGAACGAUCGAUUUGGUUUCAUAAAGCCUUCAUAAAUGGUUCCCAGUUGUCAUCAUUGCAAAAUCAUCUUCACUUGGAGACAGCAAGCUUAUCAGAGAACCAUUGUGCUUAUAGAUGCCUAGAGAAUCAAGUCUGCAUUUCAUUUAUCGACCAUGAAUCGUCAGGAACUUGUCAGCUGUUCGGUUUGGGUGUGGACAUCCGCUCUAAAACAUCAUCUGGGACAAUAACAGCUUAUACAAAGCAGGUUACAUGCGAAGAUUUUGGCUAUGUCAGUUUAAACUCUACCAAAAAAUGUCUGAAACAUCAUCACGUACCUCUCUCGUGGAUGGAUGCCAACAACACUUGUGUUUCGGAGGGUGGGAACCUCUUCAGUAUCACUUCACUGGAUAUGAUGGAGGAAGUUCUUAAUAUUACUUUUGAUAAAGAUUCAUCGUUCAUGUUAAUUCAUGUCGAUGGAAAUGAUUUAUGGAGGGAGGGAAACUGGUCGUACCAUGAUGGAUCAUCUGUUUCUUUUUCACCUUUAUUUUGGAGACCAACGGAACCAAAUGGGGGGAUGAAUGAAAACUGUCUGGGUCUCUUAAAUGGAACAUUGUGUGAUAUAAAUUGUUGGCUAUCAGCGAAGUUUGUUUGUGAAAGGUAUUUCUUUAUAUGAUGAAUAAAAAAAAUGAAAGCGAAAUGAAAGCGGAAGAGUUAUAACAAAAUAUAUUUUGAAAAAGGGCAUCGAUGUUGAGAUAAGCGGCUUAAUUCGCAUAUAAAAUGACACAUUGUUUGUCCACUUUAAAGUUCAUCAUUUAUUAAACAAUGUCACGUAGAUAUGCGUAUUAUGUUUAAAAAGAAUAAAGAUAACGAUUUGUAAUGUCAGUGAGAUUUUCAGAUGUUAUACAGCAUGUACGUAUUUGCUUAAUUAACUAAUCAGAUUACAUAGGCAAUGUAUUUGAAUAAAGAUACAAAGAGUAAAUUACAAGUUCAAUGUACAUAUAUGAAUAAUAGACAUGAUUUAAAUAUAUCUGUUUUACUUAUCUUGUGAUGUGAAUAAAAUUUUAAAUUUUAGCUCAGGUGCAUAGCUAUA